GUUUCUCUUUCCCUAGUCCCUCUGCACCUGAGCGGCUCGCCGGCUUCAGCACUUGGCGUUGGGCUGGAGCGAAGGUGCUGGGGAACAUGGCCUCGUCCCUAGGGAGGCUGAGCGGGAGCCGCUUUUGGAGCGUGGCGCUGGGGCGCGGCGGCCCACGGCCGCGCGCCUGGACUCCAGGGCCCGGGGCUAGGUGCAUCCGCGGGGCUCCGCUCGGCGGGGCUGGCUCCUGCCCGACCCGGAGGCUGUCCUACGGCCCCAGCACUGGAGGAGCCGGGGGCGGGGGCGGGGCGAGAAGAGCCCCUUGGCUAGUGGCGGGGCUGGCGGCGGGGCUGGCCGGGGUGGCCGCAGCCUCUCUCCAGCACCUUGCGCGGGCCGAGAUGGUCCCCAGGACCGAGGGCGCGUCCGGCGUUCGGGAGAGGGCAGACGAGUUGGCCGUCCGCUGCAGCUCCUUCAUGGCCCAACCUGUGACUGCUCUAUCCGAGCUGCGGGCUCGGCAGGGGGACAUGAAGACCCAGAUGGAGCUGCUGAUCAUGGAGACCCAGGCUCAGGUGUGCCAAGCGCUGGCGCAGUUGGAUCGGGGCGCCAGCUUCUCUGUGGAUCGCUGGGAGAGGAAGGAAGGAGGAGGCGGUAUCAGCUGUGUGCUGCAGGAUGGUCAUGUCUUUGAAAAAGCUGGAGUCAGUGUUUCCGUAGUUCAUGGGACUCUUUCUGAGGAAGCAAUAAAACAAAUGAGAAGCAGAGGGAAGGACCUCAACACCAAAAAUGGUCAGUUGGCCUUUAGUGCUAUGGGAGUGAGCUCUGUCAUCCACCCCAAGAAUCCUCAUGCGCCCUCCUUUCAUUUCAACUAUAGAUAUUUUGAAAUAGAAGAAGCAGAUGGUAACAAGCAAUGGUGGUUUGGUGGUGGAUGUGAUCUUACCCCAACUUAUUUGAACCAAGAGGAUGCUGUACACUUCCAUAAAACCUUAAAGGAUGCUUGUGACCAGCAUGAUCCAAGCCUCUACCCCAAGUUUAAAAAAUGGUGCGAUGACUACUUUGUUAUAAAGCAUCGGGGAGAGAGAAGGGGAAUUGGGGGUAUAUUCUUUGACGAUCUUGACUCCCCAUCCAAGGAGGAUGUAUUUCAUUUUGUCCAAAGCUGUGCCCAUGCUGUUGUACCUUCCUACAUUCCGCUGGUGAAAAAACACUGUAAUGACCCAUUCACACCUCAGGAGAAACGGUGGCAGCAACUUCGGAGAGGGAGGUACGUCGAAUUUAACCUGCUAUAUGAUAGAGGCACAAAAUUCGGACUCUUCACUCCAGGAUCUAGGAUUGAAAGCAUCCUUAUGUCUUUGCCUCUGACUGCUAGAUGGGAAUACAUGAAUACACCUUCAAAGAAUUCCAAAGAAGCUGAGAUCCUAGAAGUCCUACACCAUCCCAAAGACUGGGUACACUGAUGGAGAACGAGCAGAUGUCCUGUGGUCAAAGGAAAAUUGACGUGUGUAAACUCUCUCUCUUAGGCUCCCUGAAGCUACCAUCCUGUGGCAGUUUACUGGACUGUGUGUCUUAAAUCAGUCAGGUGCUAAUAAUCUGUAGAUUCUUUGACCUGCAGCCUGAAGAGUUGGGGGUGUCUACCCCCUUGUUGAUCAUCACUAUCCCAGUGGUGUCCUUUGCCAAUGGUGCAAUGUCCAGGUGAUGGUUUUGUUUUAUUUUUAAAAAGCUAAUGAAUUGCUAUAAGAACUGAUUAUUUUAGUAAUAUUUUCCUGUGAUUUUUCCAUUGCCAAAAAGUAAAACUGGUUUCAGAAUGAUAUGUGAUGUUCACAAGUGGCAAAUUCAACGACUCUCAGGACUUGAAUAAAUUAUGUCAGGAAGUUUUUUGUUGGAGAAAAUUCUUGGCAAGAUAUUUUGAUGUAUUCUUUUUAAAGUUCUGUAUUUUAUCUGGAAAAAGGCCUUUGUCAUUCUUGAAGUUUCCCAGAUCAUAUCUCUUUCUUAUAUUAAAUGUAAAUGAGGACUUAGAGAUGAAAAAAUAAUAUAUUGUUUAGAUGAAAAAUGUUUUCUAUACAUAUUUGUUUUUUGAUCGCAUAACUAUAGAUAUGUGAUUUUAAUAGUAAUUUUUAAAAUCUCCCAUAAGGUAUCUGGCCUUGAAAACAAAAUAACUGAACUCUGAUAAUACCAAAAAUAAAAGCUCUACAAACUUUCUUUUCCUUUU